UUGAAAAAGCUCAAAAUCGCGUACUAAUUGUACUAAAACUAAUAACCAAGGGGGGUGCUUUGUGUUUCAACUCAAUGUGAGUUGAAAGUACUCAAACAAAAAUGACCGGAGAAGUGGUAGAGCACACGACGAAAACCUUCAAGUUUUCGUACCCGACCUGCACGAACGAGGAUGUGUUCUUCCACCUGGAGGUGCCGGUGCAGAUACCGGGCGCGCGCAGCGGCGGCCGCGAGCUCGUGCAGCGCGCCAUGGCCAUGUUCCACGUACCGGUUUAUCUAGAGGACGAGCUAAAUGAGAAGCUAGCCCAGUUCAUAGCGGAGGAAAGUAAGAAGUUCCACGACGAGCGCGACGCACGCCUCCUAGCUGCCCUUCGAGGGGGUGAGGGAGGGGGAAGUUUGGAGGGGGGCGCGGAGGGGGCCGUCAAGCGCUGGGAGAAGAGGUUCAAGGAACAUGUGCGGGAGUACGCGGAGCAGAAGGACACCUCCGAUGAAGAGGUAUUUGCGGCCAUGUACCACAAGCUGGUGCACUCGCCCGCGCUGGAGACGGUGCUGCGCGCGGAGGCGGGCUACGCGGCCGCCGCGCGCGCCGCCGCCGCCGCGAGGGACGACGACGUCAAGCAAUUGACACAGAGACAAACAGAAGAGAUGGAAGAAGCGCUCCGCAACCUAAACGUGAGCACAACAGAGGAGCAGAUCAACUCACUAGCAGUGCGUCAGUUCGAGGAGCAGGCCCUGGCCGCCGCGCGCUGGGGCUCCCAGCUGGACGCGCUCGCGCAUGCGCAGCGCGCGCAGCACCGCGCGCAGCUCGCGCACGCGCUCGAGCAGCAGGCGCCGCCCCCUAUACAGCUCGAGCAGCAGGCCCUGGCCGCCGCGCGCUGGGGCUCCCAGCUGGACGCGCUCGCGCAUGCGCAGCGCGCGCAGCACCGCGCGCAGCUCGCGCACGCGCUCGAGCAACAGGCGCCGCCCCCUAUAACAGCUCGAGCAACAGGCGCCGCCCCCGUGAGUAUAACAGCUCGAGCAACAGGCGCCGCCCCCGUGAGUAUAACAGCUCGAGCAACAGGCGCCGCCCCCGUGAGUAUAACAGCUCGAGCAACAGGCGCCGCCCCCGUGAGUAUAACAGCUCGAGCAACAGGCGCCGCCCCCGUGAGUAUAACAGCUCGAGCAACAGGCGCCGCCCCCGUGAGUAUACAGCUCGAGCAGCAGGCCCUGGCCGCCGCGCGCUGGGGCUCCCAGCUGGACGCGCUCGCGCAUGCGCAGCGCGCGCAGCACCCAGGCGCCGCCCCCGUGAGUAUACAGCUCGAGCAGCAGGCCCUGGCCGCCGCGCGCUGGGGCUCCCAGCUGGACGCGCUCGCGCAUGCGCAGCGCGCGCAGCACCGCGCGCAGCUCGCGCACGCGCUCGAGCAACAGGCGCCGCCCCCUAUAACAGCUCGAGCAACAGGCGCCGCCCCCGUGAGUAUAACAGCUCGAGCAACAGGCGCCGCCCCCGUGAGUAUAACAGCUCGAGCAACAGGCGCCGCCCCCGUGAGUAUAACAGCUCGAGCAACAGGCGCCGCCCCCGUGAGUAUAACAGCUCGAGCAACAGGCGCCGCCCCCGUGAGUAUAACAGCUCGAGCAACAGGCGCCGCCCCCGUGAGUAUACAGCUCGAGCAGCAGGCCCUGGCCGCCGCGCGCUGGGGCUCCCAGCUGGACGCGCUCGCGCAUGCGCAGCGCGCGCAGCACCCAGGCGCCGCCCCCGUGAGUAUACAGCUCGAGCAGCAGGCCCUGGCCGCCGCGCGCUGGGGCUCCCAGCUGGACGCGCUCGCGCAUGCGCAGCGCGCGCAGCACCGCGCGCAGCUCGCGCACGCGCUCGAGCAGCAGGCGCCGCCCCCGGCAUCCCCCCUGUCCCCGCUGCCGGCCCCCGCCCCGGGGGGAGGGGGGAGCAAGGCGGCCGCGGACAUGGAGGAGAGCUUCACCAUCCACCUCGGCUCGCAGCUGAAGCAGACGCACAACAUACGCAUCGUGGCUAUGGAUGUCGAGGACCUGUUCGACAUUUCUGGAGACAGCUCCUGGGACGGCCCCCGCCUGCACACCGCGCUCGCGCUGUACUCGGGCGAGCUGUCGGGCGUGGUGGUGCUGUGUGCGGCCCGCGCCCGCGCCCGAGCCGCGCCCGCGCCGCCCGCCGCGCUGCUGGCCGCCGCCCGAGCCGCCCCCGACCACCACUUCCCCCCGCUCGACGAGCAGCUGCGGACGGUGGCCGAACGAGCGGCGGACCCCAUCUCGAAGCGCAACGCAGUGCGUCACUCGCGCAGCGCAGCCGCGGCGGCCGCUAGCGGAGCGCCCCCCGCCCCCGCCCCCGCGCCCCCCGCGCCGCACGGGGGCGGGGGCGGAGGCGGAGCCCCACGCGCCCGCCCCGGGCUCGCCACCGGCGACGUGCUGCUCACGCGGCACAGCAACCUGCCCGACGCGCACGUCGUGUUCCAUCUGGUCAUCAACGACGACACCAGGGAGAGCGGAGAGAUGACAUCCCGACACCCGGCGAUAUUGGGGCUCCGUUCGGUGCUGCAGGGCGCCAGCAACAACGACGUGACGAGUCUGACGCUGCCCCUGCUCCUGCGACACGAGCUCACAGAGGAGAUGACGGCGGCGUGGAUCGUGCGGCGCGCGGAGCUGGUGCUGAAGUGCGUGAAGGGGUUCAUGCUGGAGGCGGCGGGCGGCGGCGGCGCGCAGCUGCGCACGCUCACGCUGUGCGCGCCGCGCGGCCUGGCGGCGCCCGUGCGCGCCGCGCUGCGCGCCUUGCUGCCCAACGUCUUCCGGAUAUCCACGCCGCUGAAGAUCAAACCGCGCGCGAGCGAGUAGGACUACUCCCCAUCCCCAUCCCCAUCCCCAUCCCCAGGUGCGUGAACUAUUGAAACGGACGUGUUCCGUGCUGAAGGGAGUGAACUUUAUGCUAAACGCGGAAGCGCGCGUCUCGAGGCCCGAUUCGAACGAUGCUUAUGAGAACGAGAAGUCCCCGCGGUCCGGUCCCGACCUUUCGGCUGUAAAUAAUAGUUCCUGAUCUCUCCGGUGGCGCUAGGUAGGCUCUGGGACCAAAUAACGACACUACACACGUGCGUACGUGGUAACAUAUGAGACUAUGACAUGAACCAUAGAGGUAUAAUAAUGUAGAGAUGAAAUGGGGGAGGGGUAACAAAUAACCCGACCAAAUAAUGUAGGUUGUUUUUGGUAUGUUGUCAGGAAUGUUAAAACGUGUUUUUAAUUUUGUCGCAUUGCGUAUGUUUCGUCCCUCACGGUCGCACAUCUAUAUAAAAUACUAGGUGUAUGGUCUAGGUACUUCAGUGUAUGGUGCCGCCGCCUAUUUACUGUUUAUUGAUGAACACUUUUCAUGUGUAGAGAUUUUCCUCCUUUUACUUCUACACUCCAUAGUUUUUAUCAUAGUCUCCAUGGUUUUUUGGUUGAAAAAAUGUCAUGCACUUGAAUGACAGAUCGGAUUCGGAAGUCCCGCUGCGACUUCUUAUUUUAAGCAUUGUUCGAAUCGGGCCGCCUAUAUACGCCUAGAACUUGCAGCCUCCUGCAGUUUUCAAAUGAAAAUCAUGUCGUCGGUCGAUGUAAAGCAAGCUUUUAAAAACGCAAAAUAGCGGCCGACGGACGCGUCUGUCGAAUCACGAAAGCUGGCACGAAUGGAUUGACUGAGUUGAUGAAAAUAUAUGUGUAUGACAUUAACCUAUAAACUGGUGCCUGACUGUAUACCGAUCUGCAGGGGUCAUUCGUACAAUAAGUUUCGUUCGUUCCAUUCGUGCUAGCUUUCGUGAAUCGAGAGAGCGAGAUCGUAAGAAAAGGGCGAUACU